AUGCCGCCUAUCAAGAAUUCCACCGUGCUCAUCUUCGGUGGCACCUCUGGCGUCGGCUACGGCGUCGCCGACAAGUGUCUCUCCGAAGGCGCCAUCGUGCACAUCUCCUCCUCCAACCCGUCCAAGGUCACCGAAGCCGUCUCCUCGCUGAAGAAGCAGCAUCCCGAUAGCCAAGUCACCGGCCACACCUGCGACCUCUCCGUCAACGAUAUCGAGCAGCACCUCGAGAAAUUGUUCGAGGAAAUCGGCACCGUCGACCACAUCGUCUACACGGCCGGCGAUGCCCUGAUCGUCAAGCCCCUCCAGGACAUCGAUCUCCAUGCCAUUCAUGCCGCCGGCCACAUCCGCUUCGUCGUGCCGCUGCUCGUCGCCAAACUGGCCCUCCGCUACCUGCGACCGAGCUACACCUCCUCAUUGACGUUGACAACGGGCGCGGUCUCGCAACGGCCGUAUCCAAACUGGUCGCUGGUGACGGGCUACGCAACGGGGCUGCAUGGCAUGGUGCAGAGUCUGGCGCUGGAUAUGAAGCCGCUGCGGGCGAAUCUGGUCAGUCUAGGGCCCGUGAAGACGCCUCUGAUGGGGGACAGGGCCGAUGCAUUUGCCAGUAAGACGGUGCUGGGGAAGGUGGGGAGUCCGGAGGAGGUGGCGGAGGCGUAUGUAUAUCUGAUGAAGGACACCAAUGCCACGGGCAGCUGCGUCAGUACGAAUGCGGGGUCUUUGUUGGUAUAG